GAGAAAUUGCCUCUUUUCCUGUAUAUUCUAUAAAUCAGUUUAAAAUGGCUUCUAGAUUCACCCGUUUGACUACUGCUGUCCCUAAGUUGGCUCGCGGUUACGCUGCUGCUCCUACUUCUGUUAAGGCUCCCAUUACUCUUUUCGGUCUUGAUGGUCGUUACGCCACUGCCCUCUACACUGCUGCUGCUCGUCAAAACGUUCUUGAAGCCGUCGAAAAGGAUCUUAAGACCCUCAACCAAGCUGUUGAAAAGGAUGAAAGCCUCAAGGCUUUCUUGGAAAACCCCACCAUCAACCGUGGCGAAAAGAUGCAAGGUAUCAACAGUGUCUUGAAGAAGGCUGGUAAGCCUAGUGAAAUUACCCAAAACUUUUUUGAAGCUUUGGCCGAAAACGGUCGUUUGAACCAAACUUCCAAGGUUAUUGAUGCUUUCUCUGAAUUGAUGAGCGCUCACCGUAACGAAUUGCCUCUUGUUGUUACAUCUGCCAAGGUAAGAAAACUCCAUGAUAUAUAGAUAAGAGAGAUUAACUAUUGUGUAUGAUAGGCUUUGGAUAAGUCUGCCUUGAACAAGAUUGCUGAAUCCCUUCAAAAGUCCAACCUUGCUGAAGGUAAGAAGCUCCUUGUCUCCAACAAGGUUAAGCCCGAUAUUCUUGGUGGUCUUUUGGUCGAAGUUGGUGACAAGAGCAUUGAUUUGACUGUUUCUUCCAAGCUCGCCAAGUUGAACAAGUUGAUCACUGACUCUGUUUAAAUGUGUUUGUGCUCUCUCUUUCUUUUUUUCCUCUUUAAAUACAAUUCAUUUCCACAUAUAAUGUACUUAUAAAAAACUUAAAAAAGACACUUUAUUCUUUUUUGUCUCAUCA